AUGACCACAACAACAGAACAAAACGGCUUGUCAGCAAACAAGAAACCCUGGACUAGUCCCGUCAGCACCAGAUAUGCCGACCGCAUCAUUCUCACCACAUACCCCGGGCAAAGUGUCGUCGACCCCAUCCCUCUGAAAUGGGGCGCCUCGACCCCCGAAGAACGCGGGCCAGUCUUGGUCUCCCGCAACAAAAACACCAUCAGCAAGCGGAACGCCAUCGGCGCCCACGGAGGCAGCUAUGCCAUCUACAACGCCCUUGCUAUAGCGGCCGGAGACCUUCCAGCCGACUUUCGGCCGGACUUCCUAAAUACCCAGCCGACGUUUGACUUUCCCAUACAGUCUGCCUGGCAUGAUCCCAUGAGGAUUGUCUCGAUGGAUCCGUUCGGCCAUGAUAUUGUCAAGUACUAUGGUAAGUACCUCGAGCAGGGGAUCGAUGUCCGUCCCACGAUAGCGGUCACCAGGGCCUCAAUGCGCGUCUCUGAGAUUAGCGAGGCGGUCCGCGAGGGCCGGCUACUGGUUGACGGGGCGAUCGUGCACUCGGACCAAGGCGAUGUGCGCGUGACAAAGGUGGCGGUUGAACCGGUCUGGUACCUGCCCGGUGUUGCGGCGCGCUUUGGUGUCGAUGAGGCCUUGCUGCGCCGGGCGCUGUUCGAGCAUACCGGAGGCAGCUAUCCGGAGCUUGUCACCCGGACCGAUCUGAAUGUGUUUUUGCCGCCGAUUGGCGGGUUGACGGUGUACAUCUUCGGUCCGCCUGAGCGGGUAUCCGAUGAGAACGUGCGGCUGGCGCUGCGUAUCCACGACGAGUGCAAUGGGUCGGAUGUCUUCCAGUCGGAUAUCUGCACGUGUCGGCCGUACCUGGCGUUUGGGAUCGAGGAGGCGAUCAAAGAGGCACAGCAGGGUGGCUCGGGGGUGGUCAUCUACUUCCGCAAGGAAGGGCGGGCGCUGGGUGAGGUGGUCAAGUAUCUUGUCUACAACUCGCGCAAACGGGGCGGCGACACGGCGGAUAAGUAUUUCCAGCGGACGGAGAAUAUUGCUGGUGUCAAGGAUAUGCGGUUCCAAGCUCUCAUGCCGGAUAUCCUGCAUUGGCUGGGUAUCAAGAAGAUCGACCGCAUGCUCUCGAUGUCCAAUAUGAAGCACGAUGCGAUCGUCGAGCAGGGAAUCCCUAUUCAUGAGAGAGUGCCUAUCCCAGACCACAUGAUCCCGACCGAUUCGCGGGUAGAGAUUGACGCCAAAAUUCACGCGGGGUAUUUCACCACCGGCCAGACAUUCACCGAGGAGGACCUCAAGAACGUCAAAGGGCGUGGCUGGGAGUGUUGGGAAGAUGUCACACAUUAA